AUGGCUAAGAAAGGAGGAAAGAAAGGCAACAAGAAGGGCAACAAGCCCGCAGCUGCUGCCGCCGCUGCUGUCGACAAGGUCAAAGACGCCGUCAACCCCGAUCAGGAUGUUGAGAACAAGACCCAGCAAACUGAAGGCCCAGCGGAGACCGUCAAGCAGACAGAGGCGCCCGAGACUGUGACGCAGCCUGCGGAGACCGCGGCUGAGUCCACUCAGGCCCCCAAGCCCACCGCCGCCGCGGCUGAGACCCCCAUUAUGACCGAGACCGAACCGACCAAGGAGGCUGUGACCGCCGGAAAGGCUCCCGCGACCGAGAAACAGGGUUCAUUGGAGGAGGCCGUGGAGAAAGCGCAGGCCUCCAAGACCGGCCAGUUGGGCGAGGUGGAGGGUGGGGAUGGUGCAGGCACUGCUGUGAUCUCAGACAGCAAGCCGAAGGAGUUGGCCCUGACACCGGAGGUCGUGGACCCUGUUCCCGCGACCUCCGCCGCCGGUGCCACCACACUCGCUGAGCGCCCCAAGACCUCGGAGUCAGCCGCCCCUGCUCCCGAGCCCGUCGCUGCUCCUGUAGCUGAGCCCGUCGUCGCCCCUACUGCCGUCCCUGCGCCCGAGCCUUUCCCCGCCCCUGUUGCUGCGUCCAGCGAGAGCGAGGCUGCCCACGCCAAGCGCCCGUAUGAGAAGCCGAUCUUCAACACCGACGAGAACCUGAAGCCCCACAAGAUGCCCAAGACUGACGAGGAGGCGGUGGCUGCGAGCGUCGCGGAGGAUAAGAAGGCCAUCGAGAAGGCGGCUGUUGGACCUGCCUCGACUGCUGCCUCCAAGACUCCCGAGCCUGUGCCGCAGGCUGAGGCUCCUAAGGUCGCAGAGACUCCCAAGGCUACAGAGGAGAAGAUCCCCGUCGACUCCGCCUCCAAGAGCUCCACUGCUCAGCCCGGCGCCGCGAAGCCUUCCUCUCCCCAGGCAGUCGCUGCCGCAACUGCUGCCUUCAACUCCGGCAAGGCCGACAAGUCUGCCGCACCAGCUGCCCCCAAGGAGUCUGAGAUCCAGAAGCCCGAAGCUGCUUUGAAGCGCGGCGAUGAGCCCCUGCCCAAGGCCGAGGAGCCCAAGACCGAGCCCGUCAGGGAAGAGGCCGGCAAGGCCCAGGAAGCGACCCAGAAGACCUCCGAGCCCUCAGAAGAGCCGGCGGAAAAGAAGAAGGGUGGAUUCCUGUCGUGGUUGAAGCGCAAGUUCAAAUAA